UUUCUCUUUUUAGCCCGUAUUUAGCCGCAGCUUGAAGAACCACGAACCUACCGGAACCUGGAACGGGCAAUUGAGGCAUUUCCAUGAAGUAAUUCGUCCCACUUUGGGCCUGUUUGCGCUAUAAAUGGCAAGCCUCAUUCGUGGUGGGCUGUUACCAUCGAAGUGUCUCAUUUACACUGCGUGUUGUCCUAACUGGAAAUGUGCCACAAGAACACGACUGAUAUGCCUCGAAAGGCCACCCAUGAAAAGUGUUACCACCAGACACGGUUCUACAUCUACUCCACCUGGCCAAUUUCAGUAUGAUGCCGAAAACCACAACACUAUAGUGUAUUCAGGAUCACUGAGGUCCACAUUGAAACUUGUCAAAGGUUUCUCAUUGACGACCAGCUUUGUUGGCGUCCUCGUUCAACCCAUCCUGCUACAGAAACUCAUGGAUAAACCAAUAGGAGUGGCAUUAACAGUUGUUGCUACUACAUCGUUCUUUAUUGUUGUCACACCCUUAUUACUCCAUCUUAUUGCAAAAAGAUAUGUGACUGAACUUACUUUCAAUUCCUCAACACAAACGUUUGAGGCUACAACCUUAACCCUUCUGAAUAGGCAAACAAAAAUGAGCUUCAGUGCUGCAGAUGUUAAAGUUCCAGAAAUUCCAGGUGCCCUCACUACAUUUCUGGUUAAAGGCCGUCCCCUCUUCGUGGACCCACAGUUAUUUCAAGAUGUGGAUGCAUUGGAACGCUUGAUGGGCUAUGAUAAACCCAUCGACUGGCACCUUGAAGAACCAAGCGGGAAGGUUCCGGAGCAGGCCACCGACCUAAAGAAAGAAACGUGAUGGCCUUUUUGUAUAUUUAGGAUAAAUAGACAGUAUAUUGUA